AUGGGGUCAUUCGACCGGAAACUAGGGGUGCUUGACCUCGGCGACGACCGGAAGUGGCUGACUCCCGUCCCAGAGGAGAAAUCCAAAGCGGAACGACCUCAUGGGCGAGAACACACCGCCUUGUGCUACGAUGCAGAGGAGAGCAGGCUCAUCAUGUAUGGUGGAUGGGCGAACAAGUGGCUGGACGACUGCUGGCAGAUCAACGUUGCUUCCAUUGUUGGGCCACCGUAUGCCAUCGUGCAAGUGGAUCCCCCACUGGGACCUGUGUCCGGCAGUCAGAAAGUGAAGAUCUCCGGCAUCGGCUUCCUUUCUGUGCCGGGAGCAGCCGUGGUGCGGUUCAGUGCUGCCGGAGGGCGUCUCAGCGUGGAAGCGCAAGGAACGGUGGUGGAUGAUGAGCUGGUCGAAUGCCUCACGCCCAGGGUGGAGGGAAGCAUUGGCCCACGGGAGUGCGAAGUGCGGGUCUCCAUCGGCGUGAAAGACUUCACUACUACAGUCGCAGACUACCACUACUUCCUCAAUACGAUUCCUGACAUGUCUUUGUGCUAUGGUCCAGGCCUGCUGGUGGACCAGCAAGCAGAAGCGACUACGAGGUUCAUGAUCCAGGCCAGGAACCAGCUGGGCGAGAAUAGCUCCUUGUCUCAAAAUGUCGGUGGGGUGACAAGCUCUUACAGAGACUUGCAUCGGGGGCUGCAUUUGGACGUGCUUGCGUUUCUUACGAAGGAAAGUCCGGAAGAGACGAAUGGGCUGACCUGGCCGUUUUGUCCACAUUGUUCCCCUCUUCAAAACACGUCUGCAUGUCACCGCCAGGUGAUCCAAAUCAACCAUGUCUACAUCAACGACAAGGGGAAGGCCUUCUGCUCGAGGAGUGUCCAAUGCCAUGGUCCUGCCUCACAUGCCAGGAGUCGAUGCGGGAGCUGCCACAUGAAGUAA